CGGCCCGUCCUGCUCCUUCUUUAGGGGAGGCGAUGGCGGCCGUUCGGGGUCUCCGCAUCUCGGUCAAGGCGGCUGAGCCGGAGCCCAUGGAGGUGGAGGAAGGCGAGUUGCAAGCCGCGGCCGCUCCGCCACUCGAGGCGCCCUCCUUGGUUGCGGGUCCAGUCCCGGUGCGGCGCUCGCUGAGGGAGCUGCUGCCGGAUACCAGCAGAAGAUAUGAAAACAAAGCUGGAAGCUUCAUCACUGGAAUAGAUGUCACUUCGAAGGAAGCAAUUGAGAAGAAGGAGCAAAGAGCAAAACGCUUCCAUUUUCGAGCAGAAGUGAAUCUUGCCCAAAGAAAUGUGGCAUUGGAUCGUGACAUGAUGAAGAAAGCCAUUCCAAAAGUGCGACUGGACACCAUCUACGUUUGUGGCGUAGAUGAAAUGAGCACUCAAGAUAUCUUUGCUUAUUUCAAAGAGUACCCCCCUGCUCAUAUUGAGUGGUUGGACGACACAUCAUGCAAUGUUGUCUGGCUUGAUGAAGUGACGGCAACACGAGCUCUCAUCAACAUGAGCUCUAUGCCUGAGGAAGAAAAGAUAAAGCCCCAAGAAAAGAGCAAGAAGGCAGGGGAAAAGAACAAGAAAGAGACGCCAGAGGAAAGCUCAGAUGACGAGACUGAAGAAGGUGAAGUAGAGGACGACCAUCCAAGUGACACGGAGCUGGACACGCUUUCCCAGGCAGAAGAAGACUCCCUGCUGCGCAAUGACCUUCGCCCGGCCAGCAAGCUGGCCAAAGGAAACAAACUCUUCAUGAGGUUUGCUACUCAAGAUGACAAGAAGGAGCUUGGAGCUGCCAGGAGGAGCCAGUAUUACAUGAAAUACGGGAAUCCCAAUUACGGCGGCAUGAAAGGAAUCUUGAGCAACUCAUGGAAGCGGAGGUACCAUUCGCGCCGGCUCCACCGGGACGUAAUUAAGAAAAGGACUCUCAUCGGGGAUGACGUUGGGCUGACGCCACCUUACAAACAUCGCCACUCAGGUUUAGUAAAUGUCCCUGAGGAACCCAUUGAGGAGGAGGAAGAGGAGGAGGAAGAAGAGGAUGAUAAUGAUGAUCAGGAUAUGGACGAGGAUGACCGAGUGGUUGUUGAAUACAGAGAUGAACUGCAGGCUUUCAAGCAGUCCCGAGAGCGGAGUGCCGCUCGGGGAUCCAGCGCCAGUGAAUCAGACUCAGAUGAAAUGGACUACGACCUUGAGCUUAAGAUGAUCUCGACUCCCUCACCCAAGAAAACCAUGAAAAUGACCAUGUAUGCCGAUGCAGUGGAGUCUCAGUUGAAAAGCAUUCGGAACUCAAUGAGAGCAGAUAGUGUGGCAUCCAGCAAUGUGAAAAACCGGAUUGGAAGCAAAGGACCUUCUGAAAAAGUUCCUGAUGUUCGAUUAUUAUUAGAGGAAAAACGGCAAGGAAAUACAGGGAAGCACCAGUCGCCCAGUUUGGUGAAGUCAGAUGUUCGGCAGAGGCUUGGCAAGAGACCCCAUUCUCCAGAAGCCAAACAGCCCAGCAGCACCUCCGUUUCUCAUCGCGAGCCUGUGUCUGAUGUGCACAGCCGGUUAGGGAUACCCAAGCAAGAUGUGAAAGGCCUGUACUCGGACACCCGGGAGAAAAAAUCAGCAAACUUAUGGACACGUUUAGGAUCAGCAUCCAAGACGCAGGAGAAGACCCCGGAUAAAGCAGAAAAGUCAUCUGUGUCUCCCGAGGAGGAGGACUCUGAGCUCCAGCGGGCGUGGGGCGCCCUGAUCAAAGAGAAAGAACAGUCCCGCCAGAAGAAAAGCCGCCUAGAUAACCUGCCCUCGCUCCAAAUUGAAAUCAGCCGGGAGAGCAGUUCUGGCUCUGACACGGAAUCAUGACAGCCCUUGGCGUUCUCUGGAGCCUGGUGACUCUGCCAUUGGCCACCACGUGGAAAGCCUCGCCCCAGGAACUGUGUCCUGCAGGAUGUCUGACCCUGGUUUAUCUGCAGUGUGGUGGAGGAGACAUUGGGGGAGCCCGUUUCCCUGGAAAGAAUCAAGAGCUGUCAGGGUAGGGGUUGUAAAGACUUCCGUGUUCUUUAUAUUUUCACAGGUUGUCUUUUUAAGAGAGAGGAAAAGCUUUCAGCUCCCCCUCCCCCCCCACCCCGGACAUGGCACUGCUCUUGCCAAUCACCUUUGCCUUCCUGGUUCUUCCCUGAGUGGCCAACAUAGGUCAUCUCUGUGGGAUAACUCCAGCUCCUCCCCUCCAGAAUUAGCCUGGGUGUUGCUAAGGCAGCAGUCUUCUCGGCCAUCUCAUGCAAACAAUUCUGGAUAUAACCCCACCCGAACCAGCUUCAUACAUUUUCAGGAGAACUUCUUACCUGAAAUGAAGAUUGUCCAGCUGGGAAGCCAGUGGAAAAGGGUACAUAGAGUCCUCUAAGGUGCUUUUUUGUUUGUUGUUGACAGUAAAUUUAAAAACUAUUUACGGUCUGUAUAAUGUUUGAAGAAAUUAAGCAAUGGAGAUGUUAAUUUUUUUAUAUAUUUUGGAUGUUAUUUUGUUGCUGUUGGCUACAGUGAACGUUUUAAUAGGUAGAUUUCAUAUGUGCAGUUCAAAUAUGUAAGAGGAACAGCUGGGAGGCGGGGGUGAAUCCUGACUCUUACAGGAAGAGCAUCUGCCUCCUGUCCUGAUUUCUUGUUGUCCUGACAUGUGGAUGUGUAUGACUAGUUUUCUUCCCCACCAUCCAACCUCUUGUCUUUUGGCAGGCAAGCUAUACUGUUCAGUGGAUUCCCCCACUCCCCUGUUCUGAUAUAGGAGACAUUUGCUACGUGGUUUGGACAGAAUUUCUAGAACAACCAAGUUCUUGCCCUGGAUGAAUUCUGCAAUGGGCAUCUCCACUUCGUACCUGGUGACAUGUCAAGGCACCUCUUCUGUCUUCCUUCUUUUCUCUUUAGCAAAGGAGGGGAGCGUCCUUUCCCUCUCCCAAUUUUUUUUGUACACAACGAACGUCUUGGGACUUUGGUAAAGUAAGAGCUCAUCCACUGUGAGCUUCUUUGUCUGAGAAGGGAAUAACAGGGAAUAACAAGAAACCAGCAAAGAGGGGUGAAAAUGCAUUGCUUCCCUGUUUAAUAUUGACCCUCAUUUUAAAAGUAUGUCUUCUAAAGAUCAUCAGUGAAAGAAAGUAAACACAAUGUUUGAUCACUGUA